AAAUUAAAGGAAAAAAGAAACGAAAAGAAAAUCCGGUGAAAGAGGAAACGACAGCGAGGACCAGAAGGAAGGAAGGAAGGGUGCGGGAGUCGUCACCGUCCUCCUCCUCCUCCAGUCCUGAUUAUUAAUAACAAUAAUCUAAUUUAAGCUUGUGCAUCGCUGGAAUUUGCAUCCAAUCUCUCUCUCUCUCUGCUUGGUCGUCUUCUUCUUUAUUAAUAACUCCAAAAAAAACUAAACAUAUUUCAUUUUUUUAUUAUUCGAAAAAUGUCUUACGCUUAUCUCUUCAAGUACAUCAUCAUCGGCGACACUGGAGUAGGGAAAUCGUGCUUGCUGCUGCAAUUCACGGACAAGAGAUUCCAGCCGGUGCAUGACCUUACCAUCGGUGUUGAGUUUGGGGCUCGUAUGAUCACCAUUGAUAACAAGCCUAUCAAACUCCAAAUUUGGGACACCGCGGGUCAAGAAUCGUUUAGAUCCAUAACCAGGUCUUAUUACAGAGGUGCUGCCGGUGCUUUGCUUGUCUAUGAUAUUACCAGGAGGGAAACUUUUAAUCACUUGGCGAGCUGGCUGGAAGAUGCAAGGCAGCAUGCCAAUGCAAACAUGACCAUUAUGCUCAUUGGUAAUAAGUCUGAUCUUGCUCAUAGAAGGGCUGUCAGCACUGAAGAAGGUGAGCAGUUUGCAAAGGAGCAUGGCUUGAUCUUCAUGGAGGCCUCUGCAAAAACUGCUCAGAAUGUCGAGGAGGCUUUUAUCAAAACAGCUGCAACUAUAUAUAAGAAGAUUCAAGAUGGAGUUUUUGAUGUAUCAAAUGAGUCUUAUGGGAUAAAAGUUGGAUAUGGAGGUAUUCCAGGGUCAUCAGGAGGCAGGGAUGGUGCUUCUGCCCAAGCUGGAGGCUGUUGCAGUUGAAAUUGAAUACCCAUUUGCUAUACUUGAACGCAACCAAUUUACACUUUUUGUGUUCUUUAAGAUUUCCCCUGUUUUUUCAAGUCUGAAUAUCGUGACUUGUUUUCUUUAAGUGUCUAUUCAGGGCAUUAACGUAUAUGUAUAAUCCAUCUCGAUAUCACGUCCAUUGAUUGUAAAUCCGUCGGCUGCGCUUCUGCUUCCCAUUUCCUUUGAUACUGGCUGUUCUAGUUUCCUUCAUCUGUAUCUGUGUUGAAACAAAACCUUGAAUUGUGAAAAAAAUGCAGGAAAGUCUUACCCUUUGUGUUAA